CCCCCUGCUUUUUGAGCAGCACAGGCUUCUCUACAAUCCGAGGAAGCGGCGCAAUUGAGGCAUCCUCAACCAAUUCCAACAUGUUUGCAUUCGACCUUGUCGGUACCACCAGCAUUGGCGAGCUGAACUCGGCCAAACCAGUCGGCACAGUCAAGUCGACGACUUCGACGGUUCCUUCCGCCACCUCCGGGGUCAACACAGUCGCCACCAUCCCCGUACCCCAACUCAAAAGUCCAGACUUAGCUCGAUUAAGGACUGGCCUGUUGCGCAACCUUUCAUUCGCCUCAAGGUACAGUCAACCGGGGCUCUCGGCCGGACGUUUGAGCCCAAGUACUGCUCAACCUCUUGGCUCGAUGCCUCUUCACCAGCGUGUUGGCUCGGCAGUUCGCCUUAAAGAUCGACCAUUUCGUGUGCUACCAGUGUUGGCGACCUUUGGUGAGGUCGUUGAGUUGAACUGUGCCGCAGCCAUGUUUAGUCCCGGGGCAAUCAAACAGGCGAUAGGAGGUGAUGGCUCAAACGCAACCGCAGUCGCGAUGCAAGAGAGCAUAAUUCGUCUCACAAAAAGUAAGCUGACCUCAAAAUUAAAAAUAUGUCCUUUUUGUACCCAAACAAUGUGGAUAGGUUAUAUUGAAUUUGCACGAUUAUGA